AUGCGAGAGAGAGCUGACGUCAAUGACGCAGAGGUGGACGAUCACGAACGACAACACGACCUCGAGCUGCUCGUUGUUCCUAUGCUCAUGUCGCAUGUUUGCAAGGCUGAACCACUGUACACCUUGGAUUACACUACAGAAUACUGUACUGGGGAAGUAUCGAAGCGAGCCGGGAGUAGAUUCACUUCUUUUUUCCGAAAGAAUCUGGAAAUAGAUUAG